CUCCCAUCACCACCACAUCGCCAUGACGAGAGCGCGGAAGCAUGUGAAGGCGGGCGCGCUGGGGGAGCGUGUGAGUGUGAGCGAGGGCGAGCAGAUUCUGCGCGUCGUGGCUCCCCGCGGCAGCAACCUCAUCGAGCUAGAGGACGGCAAGGGCACGGCCAUGCUGUGCAUGCUGCCAGCCAAGUUCCACCGCAUGCUGUGGCUCAAGAGAGACGAGAGUGCAGCAGAGGAGGUGGCGAAGGCAGGCGGGAGAGUGAGAGGCAACUUUCGAGGCGCCUCAAAACUCCUUGCCUCCCCCACCCCACCCACCAGGCAGUUUUGUGGUGGCAGACGCCAGAGGCGUUUGCAGAAGCAGUAGUAAAAGAAAGAGCCGUAGCAUCAACAUCAGCACCAUCGGAGCAAAGCCAAGAGCAAGUUGCAGAGCACAGCUCACUUGGAGAGGAAGGGCAGGCUCUGCGGAGUUCCCAAGGCAGCGCAAGGGAGGGGCCAGAGGAGCCAAGGCAAAGAACAACUAGAGGGGAUGGGCAGGGGAAGGAAGAGGGGGUGGGAGAGGAAGAGGAGGGUGAAGAUGAGGAGGACGAUGGAUUGCCUCCUUUGGAGAGGAAUCCAAAUCAUCGACCAAUGUUCGUGGAGGAUGUUUCAGAUGAUGAAGACAGCGACGAGGAUGAGUAA